UAAAACCCUCUUACGAAAGUAAAAAGAACUUUCAAAUCGUCCCCUGCAUUCUCCCUCAGACCUUAGUAGAGCACAGAAAGAGAGAGAAAAAUGGGAACAUCGGUACAAGUAACUCCACUGUGUGGCGUAUACAAUGAAAACCCACUUUCUUACCUUGUUUCCAUUGAUGGCUUCAAUUUUCUCAUUGAUUGCGGUUGGAAUGACCAUUUUGACCCUUCCCUCCUUCAACCCCUCUCCAGGAUAGCUUCUACCGUUGAUGCUGUUCUCCUGUCGUAUCCUGAUACCCUGCAUCUUGGCGCUUUGCCAUAUGCAAUGAAGCAGUUUGGGCUCUCUGCACCAGUUUAUGCGACAGAGCCAGUCUACAGAUUAGGGCUUUUGACUAUGUAUGAUCACUAUCUUUCAAGAAAGCAAGUGUCAGAGUUUGAUUUGUUUACACUGGAUGACAUUGAUGCGGCUUUCCAAAAUGUGAAUCGACUGACUUACUCUCAGAACUAUCAUCUAUCUGACAAAGGUGAAGGAAUUGUUAUCGCACCACAUGUGUCUGGGCAUCUACUUGGAGGUACUGUGUGGAAGAUAACCAAGGAUGGUGAGGAUGUUAUUUAUGCAGUAGACUUCAAUCAUCGCAAGGAAAGGCAUUUAAAUGGAACAGUUCUUGAAUCAUUUGUACGCCCUGCUGUGCUAAUAACAGAUGCUUACAAUGCAUUGAAUACUCAACCUCCAAGACGCCAAAGGGAUCACGAAUUCUUAGAUGCUAUAACGAGAACACUCAGAGGUGACGGGAAGGUCUUGCUUCCGGUCGAUACAGCAGGACGAGUACUGGAACUUAUUUUAAUACUGGAACAGCAUUGGGCCCAGCAUCACUUGACUUAUCCAAUCUUCUUUCUCACGUAUGUUUCCUCGAGUACAAUAGACUAUGUGAAAAGUUUCUUGGAGUGGAUGAAUGAUUCUAUAGCGAAGUCCUUUGAACACACUCGUGAUAAUGCUUUUCUUCUGAGGCAUGUCUCGCUUUUGAUCAAUAAGAGUGAACUGGAGAAAGUUCCUGAAGGUCCAAAGAUUGUUCUAGCUUCCAUGGCCAGUCUUGAAGCAGGUUUCUCUCAUGACAUAUUUGCUGAGUGGGCAACUGAUCCCAAGAAUCUUGUCCUUUUCACAGAAAGAGGACAGUUCGCCACACUAGCUCGAAUGCUACAAGCAGAUCCACCUCCAAAAGCUGUUAAAAUCACGUUAUCAAAAAGAGUGCCUUUAGUAGGAGAGGAGUUAGCAGCAUAUGAAGAAGAGCAGAACCGGAAAAAGGAAGAAGCUUUAAAAGCUAGUCAAAUUAAAGAGGAAGAAGUUAAGAUAUCACAUGGAUCUGAUCCUAAUCUAGCCGACCCAAUGAUGAUCGAUUCUCGUGAAACUAGUGCUCUAGCGGAUGGUGGCACCUUUGCUGGUAGACACAAGGACGUUUUUAUUGAUGGAUUUGUUUCAUCUUCAACAAGUGUAGCCCCAAUGUUUCCCUUUUUUGAAACGUCUGCCGCUUGGAGUGAUUUUGGUGAAGUAAUUAACCCUGACGAUUAUAUGAUCAAGGAAGAAAAUAUGGAGCUGACAUCCUUGCAGGGUGGUGGAGAUAUCAAUGGAAAACUUGAUGAAGGCUCCGCUGGUUUGAUGCUUGAUACUACACCUUCCAAAGUUGUAUCCACUGAAUCCACUGUGCAAGUCAAGUGUUCACUGGUCUACAUGGAUUUUGAGGGGCGGUCUGAUGGCCGAUCAAUUAAGUCAAUUCUUGCUCAUGUGGCUCCUUUAAAGCUUGUUUUGGUGCAUGGAUCAGCCGAGGCUACUGAGCAUUUGAAGCAACAUUGCUCGAAGCAUGUUUGUCCACAUGUUUAUGCACCUCAAAUUGGAGAAACAAUUGAUGUCACCUCUGAUUUGUGUGCUUACAAGGUGCAACUCUCGGAAAAAUUGAUGAGCAAUGUCUUGUUUAAGAAGCUUGGAGAUUACGAAAUUGCUUGGGUUGAUGCUGAAGUUGGUCAAACUGAAGGGGGGAUGCUUUCGUUGCUCCCUCUCUCAAAUGAAGCUCCAGCUCACAAGUCAGUUUUGGUUGGUGAUAUCAAAAUGGCCGAUUUCAAACAGUUUCUGGCUAGUAAAGGCAUCCAGGCAGAAUUUUCUGGAGGAGCAUUGCGGUGUGGAGAGUUUGUUACCCUAAGGAAAGUUGGAGACCCUACCCAAAAGGGUGGUGUAGCUGGAAGUCAGCAAAUUGUUAUCGAAGGCCCUCUAUCAGAGGAAUACUACAAGAUUAGGGAUUAUCUUUAUUCUCAAUUUUAUUUGCUCUAGUUUGUCAAUGUACUCUUUGUAGAUCAAGACUCGCAAUCGUUUCAAAAUUUUAUGCAUUUUUGGCUCCGUAGUUUCUGAGUCUUGUACUCCCUCGUGAAUUAUUUUUUUUCCUUUUGUUAAUAGUAUAACCAAGUAACAUGACAACUAAAUCCGGAUGGAGGUAAUAGGUAUUUUCAUUUCCUUUGCUUUGGGUUGAGCAAUCCUCUUCAAACUAUGUGGCGAUGAAGUAUAUCAUCAUGUAUCAGAAUAGGCUUGAACGAGGAAAACUUUAGGGGUUGUUUGGUUCGACACUAAAGAAAGGAAUGGAAUGAAGAUAUGAAAAGCAAAGGAACGAUACUAGCAUCCGAAGGUUGAAGGAAAGUAGCAUCUGGCUUUCAUAUUGCAGUAAUCUAUUGUGCAUCUUUUUUAUAUAUGGCUUCUUUGUUUGAUGCUGAAAGCUUUUGUGGUGAAGGGGAUUUUAGAAAAAGGUCAACCAAAACACCCACUAAGGGAGAUGGGUUUCCAAUUGUAAUUGUAAUUUCAUUUCUUGAAUUCUUUCAACCAAGCACAAGUUUAUGCUAAAGCAUUAAGUUUUCUUU